CUCCUCCCCUGCCGGCCUCGCUCCUCCCCGGCGCGGGGCGGCGGUGCCCUGUCCCGGUAUCCCCGCCCCGCCGGCCGCCGCCGCCAUCGCCAUGAAGUGCCACUACGAGGUGCUGGGCGUGAGGCGCGACGCCGCCGAGGAGGAGCUGAAGCGGGCGUACCGCCGGCUGGCUCUGCGCUGGCACCCGGAUAAAAACCUCGAGAACGCGGAGGAGGCAGCGGAGCAGUUCAAGUUGAUCCAGGCGGCGUACGACGUGCUCAGCGACCCACAGGAACGGGCCUGGUAUGAUAAUCACAGGGAGGCUCUGCUGAAAGGGGGAGUUGAUGGAGACUAUCAAGAUGAUAGCUUGGAUCUGCUGCACUACUUCACUGUUAGCUGUUACUCUGGAUAUGGGGAUGAUGAAAAGGGAUUCUUUACAGUCUAUCGACAAGUUUUUGAGAAGAUUGCAAAGGAAGAGUUGGAAUAUAUGACACAGGAAGAUAUUGAAGAAUUCCCUAUGUUUGGAUAUUCCCAUAGUGACUAUGAUACGGUAGUCCACCCUUUCUAUGCAUAUUGGCAGAGUUUCUGUACUCAGAAAAACUUUGCUUGGAAAGAAGAGUAUGACACACGACAAGCCUCAAACCGCUGGGAGAAACGAGCUAUGGAAAAAGAGAAUAAGAAAACAAGAGAGAAAGCAAGGAAAGAGAGGAAUGAACUGAUCCGUCAGCUAGUUGCCUUUAUUCGUAAAAGGGAUAAAAGAGUACAGGCCCACAGAAAACUUGUAGAAGAACAAAAUGCAGAAAAAACUAGGAAAGCAGAGGAAUUUCGGAGGCAACAGAAGCUAAAACAAGCCAAGCUUGCUGAGCAGUACAAAGAGCAGAGCUGGAUAACUAUGUCAGAUCUGGAGAGAGAGCUGCAAGAGAUGGAGGCACAAUAUGAAAAGGAAUUUGGAGAUGGAUCAGGUGGUGAAGAUGAAUUAGAAGAACAGGAGACAAAAAGCAUUGAAGACAAACUGAAUGAUGAAAUUGAAGAAGCUGAAUUUGUUGAUGGUCUGUACUGCCCUGCUUGUGACAAAUUCUUAAAAACUGAGAAAGCCAUGAAGAAUCACGAAAAAUCAAAGAAGCAUCGAGAGAUGGUAUCACUGUUACGACAGCAAUUGGAAGAGGAGGAAGGGAAAUUUCCUGUGUCUUCGGAUGAUGCAGAUGGAAUACAGACCAAAGAGGAGGAAGAAGCAGAAGACAUACCCAAACAGAAACUCUCAAAGAAACAAAGGAGGAAGCAGAAAACAAUGAAGAGUUAUGAGGACUCUUUUGAUCAAAGUGCUGAUGAAGAAACAGUUGAACAGAAGGAAGUGCCCAGCACGGAGAAGGAAGUGCCCAGCACGGAGAAGGACAGUGGCUCAACAGAGGAGUUAAAUGAUGGCCAAAGAUGUGCUGUGUCGGAGGACACGGGCAUUACGGAUGAUGUCAGCCAAGAGAAUGAAACAAAAAGUGAAGCAAAAAGCAGCACUAAGCCUAAAGGCAAAAAGGCCAAGGAAGCAAAAAAGUCUGCCAAGGUGUCUUCAGAGAGCUCAACAGUGAGUGAAGUUCCUAUCCACUGUGUAACCUGCAACUGUGCAUUUCCAUCCCGGAAUAAAUUGUUUGAACACCUGAAAGUCACAGGACAUGCAAGAGCAACCACAGCACUGACUGUAAAUGGAGCUGUGAACACCAAAAACAAAAAAGAGAAACGUAAAAACAGAUAGAACUUUGCUAUAGGGACAGUCAUCAGAAUUGUACAUUAACACUCUCACAGAACUGAAACAUGCACACUGCCUGUGUCUGGAGUUAAACAAAGAAGGCAAGUACCAAUGUAGGAAAAAAAUGAAGAUGCACAAAAGGAGUACUAUCUUGUGGAAGACUCUGUGCUUUCUUCUGUUCUUAAAAGCCUUCCUUUAGUCAUAGAAUGGUUUGGUGUCAUGGCACAGGUGUGUGUUCCUUCCACCAAGCCACCUUGUCUAAAGCGCUGUACCCCGAGCACCUUUCACACCAUAGAUGGGGAAAUAGUAACUCAAAGCUGUUCACCCUGUGUUUCUGUAGAACCUGCAUGGAUUAUUUCCACACAGAGGAAAUAAUAAAUUAUUUUGACAUGUG